AUGGACAGAUCCUCGUUGAACAAAGCCACCAGCGCCGAUGACACUCCCACGCCAGGAUACUUAUAUACAGAGAUAGCACAAUCAACUUUCGCUGACUUGAACGCAUGCCAGCAGUUAGCAGACUACUUGCUGAAAAAGUUGGAAAAAGACAAUCCCCAUGUGAAACUGAAAUGCUUGAAGAUCAUCAAGCAUGUAUGCGAGCAGGGGAAACCCGAAUUCAAACGCGCAGUUCAAAGAAAGGCAGACGUCGUGAAAUCAUGCCUGCAAUUUCGGGGUACACCGGAUCCAUUGCAAGGCGAUGCCCCAAACAAAGCUGUGCGGGAAGAAGCCGACUUGGCCGUCAAAGCCGUGUUCAGCUCCAAUGCAUCGCUGAAUGCGUACGGCUUUAGCACUGCACAGGGCAAGAAGAUGCAGGGUUUCGGCAGCGAGCCGAGUGAUGACAUCAGCAGGACCCCAUCAGGCAAGGCUUGGCGCGAGGGGCGUUCACAUGUUAACUUGAUCGUGUCCCAUGCGUUGUCGACACUAUGGUUGACUGAUAGGGAACUUACCAUCAAGCUUCAGCGGAGUGGCGGAAGCAGUUUCGAAGGUGGUAACUUUGGUAAUAGUGGUGGCAAGUCGUUUGGUUCAGGAGGGAUGGUGGGGUUCGGCAAUCCGAAUUUUGACAAUGCCCCUAAAGACGAGAAGGACAGCGUCUUCAACAAAGCCAUGUCCAGCACGAUGUCUGCAGUUUCCUACCUGCAAUCCAAAGUUACCGGAGCCCCGAACUCAACCCCGUCGUUCCAUUCCUCAUCUGACAGCACUUACAGACCGCCACCAGUAGGGGGGGGCUUUGGCAGCAGCCAGGGAGGGGGCUGUGGUGGAGGCUGCGGUGGAGGCUAUGGUGGCGGCUAUGGUGGUGGCUGCGGAAGUGGUGGGGGGAAUUAUAGCAGCCCCAGCUAUGCAGGCGGAGGUGGCUUUAACAGCAACACCCACCAUGCAAACCAGGGCCGCCGUUGGGGUCAUCAUCCACCUAGAGAGGAACCAAAGGAGGAGGAGCAGCCGGAGCCUGCACGAGAAGAGCCUCCAAAGCCACCAGCGCCGAUGGUGGACCUUUUGGACAUGGAUGAGGCUGCCGCACCUCAGGCUGCAGCUGUCGGCUCCCUCUUAGAAGAUGAGGCACCUGCCAGACAACCAGCAGCCUCUGGAUCUCAGGAUUUGCUGGGUGGCGAGCUCCUGGGGAUGGAGGGCCCUUCUGCCGACGGUGCUCCCUCGUUGCAGCCUGUCUCUGAGGUCCAGGGUGGCUUGUUCUCCGGCUUGGAGGUUUCGGGCACGGGUGGGCCUACCCCUCUUGCUGGUGCAGGUGCCGCAACAGGCAGCACAGCAGCCUGUGCGGGAGGUGGGCUCAGCAUCAUGGGAGGCGGAGCUGCAGCCGGUCCAAUGGGUGCCUGCUCCGCAGCAGCACAGCCACCUGGCAAUGCGGGUAUGUUAGGUGGUGGCAUGAUGGGUGGUGGCUCUAUGCCGAGCACAUCGAUGGGCGGGAUGAUGCCAGGUGCCGGCCAACAAAUGCCCUGCAUGGGCAGCUGUGGGAUGAAUGCGCCCAUGGGUGGGCCGAUGGGCGGCCCCAUGGGUGGACCGAUGGCGCCUAGCAUGGGUUGUGGCAUGGCAGGUUGCAACGCCAUGGGCAUGUGUGGCGGCUGCAACAUGAUGGGACCGGGCCCCAUGGGUUGUGGCCCCAUGGGCUGCGGUAUGCCAGGUUGUGGUCCUAUGGCAGGACAGGGCAUGGGUAUAAAUCCCAUGCAGGGUGGUAUACAGCAGAUGCCGCCCCAGAUGCAACAGCAAAUGCAGCAGAUGCAGCCACAAAUGGCGCAACAGCAGAUGCAGCAUCAAGCUUACAUGCCACCCUCUGGUGCACAAGCACCGUACCAAAACGGUAGCGUACCCAUGUCAGGGAUGAGUCUUGGCCAGAUGUCCAGCCCUGCUGGAGGGGGGAGCUCUGCCUUCAGCUUUGUUGGCGGUGGCAGUCCGGCACUGGCACCGGUGUCGCAGGCACCGGCAAACGACCUAGCCUUCAGCUUCGUCGCUGACGAGAUGAAAGGCGCAGGAGCCGUGAGCUGA